CGCAAAGGUUUGUUCAUCGCAGCUACACUUUCUUGCACUUUUUGCAUUUUAUUGAUGCAUUGAGGAACGCGAGUACGUGCAUCGCAUUUAUGGUAGAUUCAUACUGCAUUCAUAAUGCAAGGAUUUUAUAUUCCCUAAAAGAAGCUGUUAUGGCGUUAGACAAAGUUCCUAGAAAGUACAUUCUUUUUAUUGACUAUCAAUAUCUCGUAUAUUGGACGCACUGUGAAUUCUCCAUUAAUACGUUUGCGUUUGCGCCAUGUGUUCAUGGUACGCACAGAUAGCUCUACAUCGAUAACGUCAAUACUCGUAGUCAAGCGUUGAUUUUAUGCGGGUUCGCGUAUGAAUACGACACCGCGGUGAAGGGCACGGUCAUACGGUAUUUUUGGCGUCAAACUCAUCGUUCAUCGGGGGCGGGCGUACGUGUGUGCAUGCGUGCGUACAUACGUACGUGCGUGCGAACCUCGCCUCUCUCUCGGGCGAGUUCGUAGACGUCGUGUUUUGCGACGCGUGGCGGGGGGUUUCUUAUGAAGUCGUGCGUAUACUGGACGGGCGUGGGUAACAUAUCGACGGUGUGUCUGUCGAACACGAAACGCGAUCGUACAUCGAGUUUCGGCGACGACAGUCUGUCGAGUUUUUACAUGAAGGAGCAGGAUAUACCCGAAUAUCUUGAAGGUUGCGGGUUGACCACCUGCACGGCCGGCAGUGACAUGCCCGAAGACAUGGAGAUGCGUGACAAUAAAGAGAAGAAGCUGUCUAGCACAAUUGGCAGCGGCGGCGGCGGCGGCGGCGGCGGGGGCGGCGGCGGAGGUGGUGGCAGCGGUGGAUUUGUUCAAGACAUCAAGAAGACUGUUAUGGUCAAGCAUCCAGAGUCAAACAAGCCAAAACCUACCACGAAGAAGGGUAAGCCGAUCCAGGCAGAUCUAGACGUGGUCAAGGAGCUUGUUCGUUGUAGGGAUGAAUGUGUGAAGCGAUUGGACCUUAGUAAGUCCAGCAUCACGAAUCUGCCUGGUUCUGUACGCGAGCUGACGCAUCUGAGGGAGUUCUAUCUUUACGGUAACAAACUAGUAACUCUGCCAUCAGAAAUCGGUUAUUUGGCAAAUCUGGAGACUCUGGCACUGAGCGAGAAUUGGCUCACCAAUUUGCCCAACACCUUGGAAAAUCUCAAGUCACUGCGAGUGCUAGAUCUCAGACAUAACAAACUCAACGAAAUACCAGAUGUGGUAUAUAAACUUACAUCACUCACCACAUUAUUUUUACGCUUUAAUCGUGUGAAGUAUGUCAAUGACAGCAUACGGAACUUGACAAACUUGACUAUGCUGAGCCUGCGGGAAAAUAAGAUCAAAGAAUUGCCUGCAGGAAUAGGCGAACUUAUCAAUCUAAUUACUUUCGACAUUUCUCACAAUCAUUUAGAGCAUUUGCCUGAAGAGAUUGGUAAAUGCGUACAAUUGUCAACUUUGGAUUUGCAACACAAUGAACUCCUGGAUAUACCGGAGACGAUAGGCAAUUUAACGUUGCUAACAAGACUCGGUCUCCGGUAUAAUAGAUUGACAAGUAUCCCGAAGUCAUUGGCAAACUGUAAGAUGAUGGACGAGUUUAGUGUGGAGGGUAAUCAGGUAUCGCAGUUGCCAGACGGUCUGCUGUCUAAUCUGUCAGAUCUGACGGCGAUCACACUGUCGAGGAACAACUUCACCGCGUAUCCAUCAGGCGGACCGUCCCAGUUCACGAAUGUCUACUCCAUUAAUCUAGAGCACAAUCAGAUCGACAAGAUUCCGUACGGUAUCUUCUCCCGUGCCAAGAACCUCACAAAACUGAACAUGAAGGAGAAUCAGCUGACAGCUCUACCACUGGACAUAGGCACCUGGGUAAACAUGGUCGAACUGAACCUGGGUACGAAUCGAUUGAUGAAGCUACCAGAGGACAUACAAUAUCUGCAAAGUCUAGAAGUACUAAUACUGUCCAAUAAUCUGCUGAAGCGCAUCCCGACUAGUAUAGGAAAUCUGCGUAAACUGCGUGUGCUGGAUCUGGAAGAGAAUCGGAUAGACUCGUUACCGAGCGAGAUUGGCUUCCUGCGCGAGCUGCAGAAGCUAAUUCUGCAAUCAAAUCAGAUCAACUCGUUGCCGCGCGCGCUCGGACAUCUGGUAAACCUUACUUAUCUCAACGUGGCUGAGAACAAUCUGAGUUAUCUGCCAGAGGAGAUCGGCACCCUGGAGAACCUGGAGUCGCUCUACAUCGACGACAAUCUGAACCUGCACAAUCUGCCGUUCGAGCUAGCGUUGUGCUCGAAGCUCAGUGUUAUGUCAAUUUCGAAUUGCCCGUUGUCGCAGAUCCCGCCGGAGAUAGUGGCCAACGGAGCGUCGCUGGUGGUCCAGUUUCUCAAGAUGCAGGGACCUUAUCGGUCAAUGUAACAGGUUAAUUAAAGCUGCAGCGGAUGUAUUAUUCCGUGUCAAAUGGAUGUCGAUUCUUAAUUAUGAGAGAGAGAGAGAGAGAGAGUGCCAGGUAAAAACUGUUUAUAUUAACGAGGUGAUGUAUUUGUAAUACGGAUGUCUGUUGUCUUAAAUUCUCGCUUUAAUGAUCUCACUUUAAGGAAACGUGUAAACAUUACCGAAAUACACUGUAUAAAACGGAGAUUAGAUAGUCUUGUUUUAACAGAGUGUAUGAAGGAUAUUUCUUUCUGAGUGCGGGAGAUGAAAUAACAUGUAUAAAAUUGGUGCUAAAUCAAGUAUUUUUUUUUUAUUUUUUUAUUUUUUUUUUUUUUUUUGUGAACAAGAGAUGAAUAUAUAGAAUAGCUCUUGUGCAAUUCUAGCAAGAUAUUUUAGGUCACAACAGGUGACACAACUUUAUUCAUAUAAAUAAUUCAUAUAAAUAAUUAGAGAAGAUGAAACGAUUUAUAUGAAUAUAUUUGUAUUCUUAGUUCACGUGGUAUUUAUGUGCUUUAUUAAGAAAUAUAAUUCGUUGCUAUUUUGUGACAUGGUCUCUAAAAAGGUUGUACACUGUAUGUUUUUACACAAUGCAAUCAGUUGAUUUUUUUUACAUGCAUGAGAUGCAGAUAUUAACGUAUUGAAUUUGUGUUAAAAGUAUGAUGCAAUUGUUGCACUUUUAUCUUGUUGAAUUCAAAAGAUGCAAAUUAACUUUUUAACAUUAUGUUUCGAAUUGAAACAGUUGUAAAUUAAUUUUUAUAUUGCUACAUGCAAAGAAAUCUGUUUUCUAAGAUUUUUUUUGGAGUUAUUUAAGUCAUAAUAAUGUCUUUGCAAAGAAAAAAAUUGUGCGACAGAAUGCGUAUCGUUAUGGAAGAAUAUAAUAAACGUCCUAUCUACUAUAUAAGUACAAAACAAAUAAGACGAGAUCUUCAAUUUAGAAAUGAUAAAAAAAACGUUAAGAAUCGGCAUCACCGGCAUUGUUUGUUGUAUUAAAAAGUUCAAACAUAUUUCAUAUACGUAUAAGCAAGAAAAGAAAGAUAUUUUACUAAAAUAUUAAAUCGAGAAGUUGUGAAUAUGUGCACAUAAAACGAACGUUGAUACAUAUAAGUUCCGCAUAUACGCAUACACACAUUCUGGCGUUAUAUACGCAGUAUAUUUUUUCUUAUUUGUCGCGUCGAUGUGUGUCACCUUAUAAGGUACAAAAUACACUGUCGAUCUAAGAUCUAUGAGAAAUCAUUCUUCUGAAAUUCUUAUGAAACAUAAAACUAUAGCUCUAUUUAUCUAAUUCAGCAGUUCGUAUUGAAAAACGAAGAGGAUGUGGCGGUUUUCAUUUAUGCCAAUAAAUUUAAGCAGUUGUAAAAUGAAGAGUACACUAAUACGCCUGUGAAAGUAAGAAUUAUAUAGAGGAGGAAAAAGAAUAUAGAUAUAUAUAUGAAGUAAUGUACGGUGUACGAUAUCAUAUUAAAAGUUAGAGUUACUUUCAUUACAUAAUUUGCAAUAAUUAGCGACGAUUAUAUUUAUAUAUUUUAUCGAGAUUCACGAUGACAGAGGUGAGGUCAUGUGCGAUUAUUCCUAUAAAAUAGCGCAAAAUUUCACGGUGAUCUACAUCUUUGUUUAAUUAGAUAAAUAUAGACGAAUAUACGAAGAAGAAAAUUAUUCGAGCGUAAUAUUUCAGUCCGUAUAUUACGAUUUAUAGACCGUCAGAAAAACUUUCGAAACAACCGAGUAAUACCGAACGAAAAAAACAAUAUGAUAGUGAAGAUAUUUUCUAAUUGUAUAUACAAAAAAGAAAAACGAUGCUGAUCUUUUUUGUUUCGUUUGCGUAACGAUAUAUCUUGUGCGAUAAUUAAAGCCAUUCUACUGUU